UCUUGGUAUGGAAAUUCAUUCGAUACUUUCAAAUUAAAAAAACAAGAAUUAUUCAAAAUCGAAUAAAAAAUGAGUUCCCUAACUAUCAAAAUUUUCGACAAUCUUUAUGAACAAUUAGUAGCUACUAAAAAAUUAUCAGAUAAUUUGAUUCUGGGUUUUUUUUCAUUUUUUGGCCCAUUCUUUAUUAAUGUUCUCAAUUUAUACAAUGAAGAAAAUAUUAAAAAAUUAAUUACGCCUUCCGGUCGUUACAUUAUGCGUGUUGAAGAAAAAGAAAAGGGUCGUCAUCAUAAUUGCUUUGUCAAAUCUAAUCAUUGUGAUUGCCCGUCAUUUGCAUUCAAUUUUAUCGAAUUUGAUAAACAAAUAUGGUGCAAACAUUUGAUCGCAGCUAAAAUUGCAUUGGCCACUGGUCAAUUUAGCAUCAAGGCCAUUUCAGAUUAUGAAUAUUCAGAAGUUUUCCAACAUACUUUCAUAAAAUAAGACUUUUUCACCAUUUAUUACUGACUCAAUUUUAUUUUCGAUCAAUGAAAUAAUUAUUAACAAGUGUAAAUAAUAAUAAAAUGCACAAGAUAUCAA